CCGCCCCUGUUUCCUGUUAUUAUACCUGUGUAUUUGUCAAUCCGCCAGACUCGGCUCGUGUCCGGCGCGCUUCCUUACCAACUCAUAACACCUCAGCAUGUCGUUUCGCAAGAGGGACCUGCAGGCGGGAAGUGGAUCCAACGGAUGCGACAGCGACUCCAAUUCGUCUCGAGAUAGUGGAGGGGGUGGGCGUUCGUCCAAUGAUGGCUUCAUGGGACAAGGGCGGAGCAGCAAAGCCCGCCAACGAAGCCCGCUGCCUUUCACUACAAAAGACAAAGAGGCGGAAGUCGAAGCGAAAGAAGCCACCGACCAAAUGGGGUCUGUUUGCCCGGCUUUUGCGUUAGCCGCGGCAGACCCCUCGAUGAGCUCUGACGAAGAGACCGGCGACCUUCCAAUGGCCAUGCCAGCGAACUUUAGCGUAGCGUCACAAAAGCGCGGAGGCCUCGCUGGGAGAAGCUUCUCUGAAGCCGAUCCAAAAACAAGCAACAUGGGACUGCCAUCAGCCUCCUACAGCGUAGCAUCGCAGAAGCGUGGGGGAUUUGCGGGGAGGACCUUCUCCAUGAUAGGCGGGUCGUCAUAUUCCAUCGGCACUAAUCGGAGUAGCAAUACGAGAAAGCCGCCAAAACGGAAGCCUUCACCUUUUAUGGUCAUUCCCGAUGCCCCCCAUGUCAUUGCUGCGAGAGAGGCGUUGAAACCUAAUGCGUCGAAUAGCGUUGGCGAACUGGGUCCGAGACCCAGAGAGGGAAGCGUGUUCGAUUUAGGAAUCGCAACUAGCUUGGCUAGUAUCGAAAGUGAAGCUCGUCCGGCGCGUGGAACUGUCGUUGACGAGAUCAAGGUCGAAAACGGCGAAGUGUCGGACAUGCCAGUCGCAACAAUAUCGCCAACGGAAGAGGGGUCAUGGACGCUGAAACGAAUAUGCAUCGAAGCGGCGACAAUGCCGCUCUUGAUGAUGAUUUCGCUGUUCACAUAUUGUCCGUUUUGCAUAGCUGUGGUGGUGCAAUCAACUGUGCAGGGACACGCUGUCAACACCGAUAAUUGGAAAGAGGAAGUUCAUGGAUGGUCAUGGCUGAUCGGGCUGACGGUCUUCGGCGGCUUACUCAUAUACCCUAUCCGAGUCGCCGGUUGGCUCGGGAGCAUCGAAAAUGCCAGCGGCGACGGCAUGUCUUUGAAAGUUGGAGGAGUCCUUGCCGCAUUUUUAUGCAUACUCGUAGCGGUGCAGAUUCUCACAGCUCAAUACGCCUUUUUGAAACCGGGAUUAGGCAUCGUCACGUUUCCCGCAAACAAGAGCCUUGACCUGCUGCAUUGGCGGAACAUCCUUCCGCUCGUCUCUCCGUUGUUCGAUUUCGUGCAAUUCACAUCCCUCGCAUGGCGGACGAGACCUUCGGACUCAUGGGUGUGCGCCUCUCCGCAACUUGGGAGGCUUAUGCACAUCCUUAUUCGUGUAUUCACGUUUCGUUUCGCUGCCAUAACGUGCGCCUCUAUCAUGGCGGACGAAUCUUCCGCCGCCGCUAUGAAAGAAACAUUAGGUGGCUUGAAUGCAACCGUGGGGAUCGACGAAAUGCUCUUGUCAACAAAUCCGGCGGAAGUGAAUUUCGCUGGUGCUGGUGUUGCCUUCGGUUUCUGUACGAUAUAUGCGCUUCUCCUAGGAUACGCGAUCGCAAAAUUGCUGCAACCCGGACAUUGGCUCUGCGGAAUCGUGUUUGAGAUCUUUGCGGGACUUGGUUACAUGCCUAUUGUCAGCAGACUUCUAGCGUUGCUUUCUUGCCGACCUUAUACCCUCUCCGACGGCAAGAAAAUCCUGUAUCUCGCUGAUUCCGACAAUAGCCUAGUUCGAACACAAUGCUUCACCGGCGGCCACAAGAAAUGGGGAGGAAUGGCCCUCGCGGGCUUGCUGUUGUUUGGGCUGUCUGCGAUUUUCGUGGGUUCAUACAAAGGUUGGUGCACCCAUACAAAGCCGAUAAGCAUGUACGUCGAUCGGCGGUAACGUUUAUACCUCGUAUCGUCGUCGUUCGACGUUUUAUGACGUCCUUUCUAUUGUUCAUCAAUCUCGUCCUACGCUACAUUAUCGAGGACGAUGUGUACCUCUCCUACGCUACA